AUGUCCCUUUUCCGAAAAUUUCAUCUUCCUAAGCUAUCAAAAAGUAAAGCAGUAUCUGGAAAUUAUAUAAAUUCAAGUAUCCAGCGCUUCGAUUGCAACAAUUUAUCUGUUAAGGAGAGAAUCGGACAAGGAGCGUUUGGCGAUGUUUAUACUACCGACUACAGAUUCCCGGGAGAUGACAAAACGACAACAGUUGUGGUAAAGAAAAUGCUGCAUGUCCUAGAUGACGAGGAAAAGAAGCUAUUUUCCAAGGAGGUGGCCCUUCUUCAUGACCUGAAGCACAAAAACAUCGUUGAAUUCAAAGCCGUGUGUUGUCAGCCUCUUGCCAUGAUGCUUGAGUAUGUGUAUUUUGAUUUCAAGCAAUUUGGAUCAGAUGUGCGUGUCAGUUCACUCGCUGACUUUUUGGUGAAAAUUGAUGAAUUCAAUUGUGUGGACUUUCACGAGCUGAAUUACCAUGCAGCAGCUGAAAUUGUUGAGGGCCUGGCUUCUCUUCAUUUGAAAGGAAUUGUGCAUAGAGAUCUCAAACCCGCCAACAUAUUAAUAAGCAACCAACAUUAUUGCGAAUUGGCAGACGAUGAAGAAAUCACGUGACAGUAUCUUUUGAGACCAAUAGCAUGCAAGCUCACGGAUUUUGGGGAGAGUCGGUCACUGCUUAUCCAAACACAGUCUUUUAUUUCAACGAAAACCACCAACGUUGACGGAGGAACUGCGGUGUAUAUGGCACCAGAAAUUCUUCUCAACUAUUUGCCCAAAACUGGCAUUUCGAUCUCUGAUCUCCUCCUUGUAGACAUUUGAGCCCUUGGUAUGAUCUUCUUUUGCUUGAUAAACCCAAGUCUAAAAUACCCCUUUCGCUCAGAGAUCCGAUCAGCAGGAGGCAUUAGUUCCCAGGAAGAGCUAA